ACUUGAACUUGAGCGAAGUCUGUACAAACUUGGACACUGUGCCUUUAAGAAGCCCCCUCCGUCUCACAACAGGGGGGCGUGAGCUGAAUCCAGGAACAGCGAUUGAAAAAAAAAAAAAAGCUCCACCACUGGACUGUUUCAAGUUCCCCCCUCCGGCUGAAACCCUGCCUGAUUUGUGGGCAAUGUUGGGGAUGUAGAAAAAAAAAAGAAAAAGAAACCGGAGCAAAGAGAGCGUAAGGAAGGGAGAGAUAGGGAGACAACACUAACUGGGUAGCUAUGGAGAUAGUAGGUUUUCCUGGUUGCUUUCUUUGACAGGUGUCGAGUGGGAUAAAAUAAAGUCCGAGAACAGCCUCCAACAUGUACGGCAAGGGUAAAGGAGCUGUGGUCCCCUCCGAUAGUCAAGCGAGAGAAAAGUUAGCGUUAUAUGUGUACGAGUACCUGCUACACGUGGGAGCGCAGAAGUCAGCACAGACCUUCUUGUCUGAGAUCCGAUGGGAGAAAAAUAUUACGUUAGGAGAGCCACCCGGAUUCCUUCAUUCUUGGUGGUGUGUAUUCUGGGAUUUGUAUUGUGCGGCCCCAGACCGAAGGGAGACGUGUGAGCACUCCAGCGAGGCAAAGGCCUUCCAUGACUAUAGCGCAGCGGCAGCACCAAGCCCGGUGAUGGGCAACAUGCCACCCAACGAUGCCAUGCCAGGUGGUCCCAUGGCCCAAGGCUUCUUCCAGGGACCACCCGGCUCUCAGCAGUCCCCCCAUGCACAGCCCCCCCCACACAACCCCAGCAACCCCAUGAUGGGACCCCAUGGUCAGCCUUUCAUGUCGCCGCGGUAUCCAGGUGGUCCACGCCCCGCACUCCGAAUGCCAAAUCAGCCUGGGGGAAUCCCGGGAUCUCAGCCUCUCCUGCCAAACAGUUUGGACCCAACAAGACCGCAAGGACAUCCCAACAUGGGUGGACCAAUGAGAAUGAAUCCUCCCAGAGGAAUGGCCAUGGGCCCACAGAACUAUGGAGGCAUGAGGCCUCCUCCGAACUCCAUGGGUGGUCCCAUGCCAGGAAUGAACAUGGGUCCUGGAGGAAGGGGGCCAUGGCCAGGACCUAACGCUAACUCAAUAGCCUACUCCUCCUCAUCACCAGGAAACUAUGUGGGUCCAGCCGGUGGAGGAGGACCUCCUGGAACUCCCAUCAUGCCCAGUCCAGGUGAUUCAACCAACUCCAGCGAAAACAUUUACACAAUGAUGAAUCCCAUCGGACCUGGGAGCAACAGACCCAAUUUCCCUAUGGGACCAGGGCCUGAUGGGCCAAUGGGAGCUAUGGGAGCCAUGGAGCCACAUCACAUGAAUGGAUCACUAGGGUCUGGGGAUAUGGAUGGGUUGCCAAAGAGCUCUCCUAACAAUAUGGGAGGCAUGAACAAUCCUCCCGGGACGCCGCGGGACGACGGCGAAAUGGGCGGCAACUUUUUGAACCCAUUCCAAAGUGAAAGUUAUUCACCCAACAUGACGAUGAGUGUGUGAUUUUGUUAUUAUUAUUAUUAUUAUUAUUUUUGUUUUACUCUUUCUCCCCCAAUUUUUGUGACUCUGCACCUGUUUUUUUAUUAUUUCUUCAAUUCAAUCCUAACUUGUCCUUCGAUUAACCCGCCUCCCUCAUCACACACAAACACCCUCUGCCCUGUCCCCUAACAACAUCCCUACUCCAACGCCAAACCCGCCACCAUCUUUCCUCCUCCCCUUCGGGAACUUGUGCGGCCACACAGCCUUCCAGAAGCGCCCUCGAGCAUGCUGGGACUCUAAUUAAGACGGGCCCUCCCGGAGCGUGCAAAAUGGGCGCAGGUGUGAAUAGGAAGCAGUCGCAGGGCAGCAGGAAGAGCCUCCUCUCAGACUCCGGCGCCAGCCUCCCCGGCUUUCUGACGGGGUCUAGACAAUGAGCGAGGGAUGGAGGAGACCGGAGAGCGCCGCCCUCCCUCAUGGACGCAGUCUCUCUUUGCAGCUGCUUGUAUCUUGGAUUUUUUUUUCUGUAAAUCGUCUUUAUUGGUUUUUGUUUUUGUUCCCAACGGAUUCCAUGGAGGGCUCUCGUUGUCCCUACCACGUUGUUUUUCUGUACGUGUACAUUUGUAACAGAGUUGUUGUGAUGAUCAGUGAACAUGUUUUUCCAAUUUUGUUUUUUUGUGUAUGUAAUGUAUCAUUGCUAUUUGUAUUGUAUUAUUAUGAUAUUAUCAUUUUCAGAUUAACAUAAUUUGUUUUUAGGGGCGCACUGUUAUGACGAAGACGGCACAUGUGCAUACAGGUCACAAAUACAGAUUCUUCUCAUUUAGAAUAUUGUUGAAAAGUUCAUUCAUAUCAGAAAUUCAAUUCAAAAUGUUUAAUUCAUAUAUAAACUAACCAGAGUUAUAUAUUCUUAUUUAUGUUAACGAUUGUAGCUUACAGCUAAUGAAAAUGCUAAAUUCAGUUUCCAAGACAAUAUGAAUAUUAAAUAAGUCCAAUAAAUAAAAAAUUCACUGCAAAGUAUGUCCAGUAUAUGCACUCAAUACUUGGUCGGGUGUCCUUUUGCAUUAAUUUCUGCAUCAGUAGAUUCUCUACAGGGAUAUAGGUCAUGCAUGUUUACCAGCCAAUCAAGCUCAAUUUGCAUGCAUAAUCUGUGCCACUGAGCAACAGUACAGCCCUGGUACUAGUUGGCCCAUGUGAGAACCUCUGACAUUGUUUCUGAUCCACAGCUGUUUAACACAAGGAACUUGACCGUUGUAGUCCAUGUCCUGGAUACAUCACCUAGUGGUUGCUCUUGAAGCAUCAACACUUUUUUCCUUCCACUCAACUUUCCAUUAAUUUGUUUACAGCAGGAGGUUGAAUGUCAGAUCAGCAUUCUCCCCCAUGAACGUGUAGACCAUAAGAUAACUUUUUCUAAGUCUUUUUGUUUUUUAAUUGGUCCUUAUUUUUUAAGAAACCGAAUUUCAGAUUUUCAUUAGCUUUUGGUCAUAUUCAGCAAAACGAACAAAAAUGAACCUAUAUAAAUCUGUUUGAUGAAUCUCUAUGAGUUUCACAUUUUGAAUUAAAACACCGAAAUAAACUUUUUGAUGAUAUUCAGAUCUAUUGAGACGCACCUGUAAUUUGCUGUGCAACACACUGCUUUCUGUGAGCACACUGCCCCCUGCUGGUGGGAUUUUCCAUUACGGUACCAAUUGAGCAUUUUUAAAACAUCCAGACUUUUUAACUUUCUGCUCACCAGCAGCAUCUGCACCUCCGGUUCUAGUAACUUUCCUGCAGUAAAAAAAAAACCCAAUGCACAACUCUAUUUAUUUAUGUACUUUUAAUUUGUUUAUAAAUCCUAAACUUUUUUCUUAAGUGUUUUCCCUGUUUUUGUUUUUUGUCAACUGCAGAAUUAGUAGCAACUGUAUAAAUCUGCAGAUGCACUCAGCAGAGUCCUCCAUUUGAGCUCGAAAGGUGCUGUCCACGCUAACCCACUGUUUUCUCACUCCAUGUGCAUAUGUUUUGUCUACUGUCUGUGCUGUUUUGGAAUUAACUUUGAAGCAGUCUAGAUCGAAGACGAAAGGAAGGUCUGGAAGCUGCAAAUCUUUGCUCCAUUGACUGUAAAGAGUGAUGUCCCUCCUCCUCCUCCGUCCUUCUCCCUUUGUUCUUAUCUUUGCAUCCAGCAGGCAUACUUACAAACACCACUUCCCCCUCUUUUAUUUCAUUUUUUGUACAACUCUCCAUGUUUUUGAUUUGGAUUUUUUUGUAAAUACUGUAAAAUGCAUUUUGAUAUCAUUGACAUGUUUUGAUAUUUCAAAUCACAACUGAACAGUUGAUCAGUAGCGUGCUGAUUCAGGCAAACUGUGUGUACUUUUAACCAGAAGUGAUAUGAAACUUAAAAACCCGAGCUGCUAUAGACUAUUAUAACAUUUCACCUCCCAACCCGUAGAUGUGGUGGGUUUUACGCUGCAGCUGAGGAGGAAUAAGGAGGAAAUUUACCCAUAGUUCAUUUUGGGAAUAACUCAACAUGUUUCAAACAUGGUGCGUUUGAGGCGACAGACACAAAAUUAAAAACGGGAAUUUUUUUUUUUUUUUUGCAAUUUUUGCCAGAAUUUUCAAAGACUGAGUGCAAAAAUGACACUUGGUCUCAGAUGCACGGCAGCUCAGCUUCUUCUGACACAACAAAAACAAAGCAGGGCACAAAGGACACUGGCUCUCAGUCCAGCACACCGGAGAUCAGAGUACAUACUUUACAAUACUAUGAAGGAUUUUCUAAUCUAUUUAAAAUCAGGCAAGAGAAAUGUUUGUGGAAGUAAGAGGAAGAAGAAAAAAAAGUCACAUGGGUAUAUUUGUUGCUAAGAUGAGGUAAAGAAUGUGCGUUUUCUCCCAUGUACUUUAAUACUGUUGUAUAAAAUGCAGUCCGACUUCUCUUUCUGUCCUGUAAGUAAAGCCGUCACAAUGUUGAUCAUUACUGUAUUUCUAUUGUGCUGAUGUAUAAUACUGUAACAUUAAGGGAUAGGGGAGGGUUGAGAGAGGACUUUUGGGCAGGUUUAGGAGUAAAGUUCUUUUUUUUUUUUCGGGUUUUUUUCUCUUCUGUUUGGUUCCUCAUUUCCUCCUGAUGACAAAGCAGUAUUGAAUAUGAGGCAGGAAGUUGCUUUGUAUAUCAUGUUAGGGUAGUUUCAGAUCCUAAAUGUCUUGUGUAGUUAAAAAAAAAAAGAGGUUCCUUCGUAUGUUUCUUUAUAUUGUAAAGUUACUUUAGACAAAAAAAGUUGCCUAUUGGAAAAACGUUGGAAGCUUACAUUGAAGCUGAUUAAUGUACUUUAUUUGGUUGUUUUUAAUUUUCAUCAACUCGUCAGUCGUUUUUUGCCUGUGUCCCCCUUGUUGUAGAUACAUAUUAAAAACAAAUAAAAAUGACUUCACUCCUUUUGCCAUGAA